AUGCCGAUCUUGUCUACACCCUCUUAUGGGAAGCCUAGUGAAUCUUAUAAACAAGUACUUAUAUAUAUUGAUAAAGACCCUAUUUACAUUGAUGAAAAUGAAGCUGAAGUUAGUAAAUUACCAACUCAAUCAGAAGGUGGCAGUAAAACUAUACAUCCUAGGUCUCUUGUGUGGAGCUACUUCAAAACAAAAGAUGCCAGUGCAAUAUGCAAUUUUUGUGGCACAAAAUUAGUAUAUCAAGAUGGAACUACGUCAAAUCUCAAAAAACAUCUUAAAAUACAUAGAAGUAAAGUACCUGAAUUAAAAAGUCUGAAUGUAGAACAAGGCAGUGUCUCUAUCAUUAAACAUAAUCAACCUUUUCUAAUCGCUGAAGAUGAAAAACUUAGAUUAAUUUUUAAAUUUUUGGAUCCUCGUGUGACAGCACUUUCAGCUGAUUCAAUUAAAAGACAUAUAGUACAUGAUUUUGAAGUAGAUGGUGACAAAUCAUUUAUAGCAGUAACUAUCCACUAUCUAAAUGCAUCAUGGAAACUUAAAAAUAUUUUGUUAAAUUUCAUUAGUAUAAAUGAGUCACAUAUAGGUGCAGUGAUUUUAAAUACAAUGGAAGUGUGCCUUCAAGAAAUAGGAAUUAUUCCAAAGUUGAUUGCAAUUACAUGUGACAAUGCAGCAUCUAAUGAUAGGUUUUUGCAAGAAUUUGCUUAUUCUUUAUCACAACUUGGCAUCCAGUUCGAUAGUACACAACAAUCGAUGCGAUGCUUUAGUUAUAUUUUAAACCUUGCAGUGCAAGACAUGUUAGAUAUUGCUAGAACAAUAAUGUUAGAUUCACAGCUCAAGUUCCAGUAUUUUGAAGAGCUCAGAUGGUCGGCACAACUUAUUGAUCAAAUUAAAGACAUCAUUAAAAAUAAAUAUGAAAAUCAGUAUACACCUGUUUCUGAUCAAGAUGUAGUAAACUCAAUUGUUGAACCAUCUGCAACAAAUAUAAUAUUAUAA